AUGGGUGCAUUCACGCAGUUUGUGAAAGUAAGAUAUGACCCGGACAAUAAUGAGACAGACAUCUCAGGAUUUUCAAUUGAUGUGUUUGAAGCAGCUGUCAAACAUCUCCCUUAUCAAUUGCCUUACGAGUUUGUGCCCUUCAAUGGCUCAUAUGAUGAGAUGGUGGAACUGGUCUCCAAUAAGCCAUGCAUAAGCUCUGGGCUGGAGAUGGUAGUCACUGUGAAGCCAGAUAAGCUGAAGGAAACAGAGAUGUUGGUGUGGCCUUUCACCAGAGAAAUGUGGUUCCUCCUGUUUGUUACACACCUUUCUGUAUGCUUGGUCGCCUGCUUAAUGGAAAUUGUACAUGGACGAGAACAAUUUAAGAACCCUUGGGCUCGGUUGCUGCUGGCUCCAUGGCUAUUGGCAAUUGUAGUUGUAACAGCUACUUUCACUGCAAGCCUCUCCUCCAUGAUGACCGUCUCUUGGGUCCAACCAUCUGUGCUUGAUAUUGAAACACUAAAGAUGACAAAUGCAACUGUUGGUUGCAAUGGAAACUCUUUUAUUGUGAGGUACUUGAUUAAUGUCUUAGAGUUUAGACCAGAAAAUAUCAAGGGUAUUGCCUCCAUAAGUGACUACCCAGAGGCCUUUGAGAGGAAGGAUAUUACAGCAGCUUUCUUUGUUUCUCCCCAUGCUAAAGUCUUCCUUGCAAAACACUGCAACGCUGUCUUUACCAAAACAGGAUCGGUGUACAAGCCUAGUGGUUUUGGAUUUGUUUUUCAAAAGGGUUCGCCUCUGGCUACUGACAUCUCAGAGGCAAUGUUAGAGGCAACUGAGAGUGGACAAGUGGAAAAGUUAGAAAAACAAAUGCUCUCCUCUUAUGAUUGCUCCUCUCCAAUCAACUCAAACAAUGGUUCAAUAGGUCCUGGACCUUUGUCUGGCCUAUUUCUACUAGCAGGUUUGGCUUGUGCAUUGGCAUUUUUGGUAACAAUUGUGCGUUUAGUGCGUGAGCAUUGGAGGAAUUUUCUUCCUGGAAUCAUGCUUGUGGAAGUUGAGCUGCAACCCAACCCUGUUAAUUAA